AUUUAUUAUAAUUAUUACGCAGAUCAAAGCUUUUUCAUUCUCGGUGCCUUCUAUCAAACUCGCGAGAAGGGAGGAUCGGGAACUUCGUCAGAUUGACAUACACCAUGAAAGAAAUGAAAGAAGAUAACGAGACAGAAGAUAAUAAGCAAGCUUCUGCUGAUGUGUUGUUUCAUUAUUCAAGAUUUGCGCUGGCAUGUAUUGGAUGCAAGAUUCAACCAUUCAAUUUCAGACUUCAUCUGAUGAAGGAGAUUUCAGGUAUGCCUUCUUCUCUAAAUAGGGAAUCACCACAGAAUGCAGCGUCUCCUGAUCCAAUGGGUGAGUCAUCAAGCACAGGAACAGCAAGACUUGACAGAGGAGACAGUUUCCGUGCACUAUGACCAUGUUUUUGUUUGGGUUGUGUGGCAUGUUAAAACAUUCUCUUCUCCCAUAUAUUAUGAUUACGAUGCCAUACUCAUCCAUCCAAUGGUUAUAGAUUGGUAUUGAUAAUCAAGUUCAGUCAUUUCAAUUUCAAGUGUGCUGUAGUAUGAUUUAAAUUUAGUUACUUUAGUAAGUAAUUAUCGUUUUAAGUGAUUUUACCUUAUUUUAGCAUGAUUCUACCUACCUUAGUAUGUAUCUUUGCACCAAAAUAUUUAUUAAUAAGUAAAUGCUUGUCUUCACUCAA